AUGUCUCUCUUGGCUGUCUUUGUAUACCCUUUCUCUCACACAAGGAACUAUAGGACAAACAGAAUAUCAUACCAAAGCCAAGUACAUCACUACCAGCUUCUGCCAUCGACGUCGACAGCCAAUCCAGCACUUCCUCGCAAGGCCGUCAAGAUGUGCCAAAGAAGCCAUGUCGACUCCAACGACGAUCAACGUACCUCUUUUCCGAUUACCCUUCUCGGCUGGAACUGGGCAACUUCGGCGACCGUCCGUACUGCGAGGGUGGCCCAGCCUUCUCCAUCUACAGCCACUACCAUUAUAGGAUGGAGUAUCAGCGAGUCCGCGUCUCCCAGAGGCCGCGCCGCUACGAACUGCCUCGUCUUAGAAGCAGAAAGCCGAGAGAGCCCCAGUAUAGGACGUGCCAGCCGUCGAAGUUUAGGGAAAUGCGGCCUGACGGGUAUUACUAUGGAGAUAAUGGAUGGUGAUGCGAUGUGA